GGCGGGGUUUGCCUACAUAGGGUCAGUUUGUUUUGUGAACGAGUUACAAAAUAAUACUCGAACCUUUCUUCUACCGAAGUAGUAUUUGGAUUAGCAAUUAUGGACGCUCUUCUGAAGACUUUAUUUUCCUCGGAGGAACAAGAGCUGUAUGUUUUGGAUUGCUUGUCGUACUUGAUGAUGGUUAUGGCAAUCAUAACCCAGGUGACUUUACUCUUUGAGCACGUCCCCUAUGGCAGAUAUGCAUCCAGCAGGUAUGGGUUUCCUGUGAAUGUCAGAGUAGCCUGGUUCGUUCAGGAGCUGCCGGCUUUUCUGCUUCCUGUGAGUUUGUUGCUGUGGAGUCCAUGUGCAAAGAUAAUGCACCUGCCCAACCAAUUACUUCUGCUCAUGUUCUUAUGCCAUUAUGUGCAAAGGUCCCUCAUCUACCCAUUUUUAAUUCAAGGAGGGAAACCCACACCAUUCAUCUCGUUUGUCCUGGCCUUUGUUUUCUGCAUCUAUAAUGGGUACCUGCAGGCAAGAUACCUGAGUCACUAUGCAGAUUACCCACCUGGUUGGGUUAUACAUCCCUGUUUCAUCACAGGGUCUUGUAUGUGGUUCCUGGGAUGGAUCAUUAAUAUGCACUCCGAUCAUAUUCUCAGGAACCUCCGUAAGCCUGGAGAGACCGACUAUAAGAUACCUAGAGGGGGCAUGUUUGAGUAUGUAUCAGGAGCAAACUUCUUUGGGGAGAUCGUGGAAUGGGCUGGAUUCGCUCUGGCUGGUCAUUCGAUCCAUAGUGCAGCUUUUGCUCUCUUCACUUUAAUUGUGCUGUCCAGCAGAGGAAUGGCCCACCACAAGUGGUAUCUCACAAAAUUUGAAGACUAUCCGAAAUCAAGGAAAGCUUUAAUACCAUUUGUUCUCUGAUCAUGUGGUAAACCCAGCCACCACACUCCCACAGAAACAAUAUUCUGUCAGUUUGGACUCAGAACGGAAGAAAAAAAAUCAAGAUACUCAUGGAUAAUAAAAAAAACUCUGCUGUAUGUGAAUAAAUGAGAAAUAAAAUAUGUUUAAAUG